AUGGACAAUUGGAGACACAACUUCCAUCCUCCUUCUAAUGAUGGUCAUGCUUUACUUGAUAGGGCAAAGAAAAUUGGCGAGGUUACUGUCACUGCGACUGAAUGCUUAGCGUUGCGGGACGGUCUUGCUUAUGUGAUGCAUAGUGGCUGGGGCAAAGUGUUGGUCGAAGGUGAUUCUAAGAUUGUCAUUGACUGCAUUAAUCAGCUGCCUCUAUCCCUUGGAGUAUCAAGUUGCUAA